AUGGCACCAAAAGGGACCACUGUUUCUGCGAGAAUUGAAAGCACCACGGCGGAAACUUUCAAUCAUGUCAUUAUUGUGAUUCGAAACUUCAAGGAGACGGAGACGUGGUUCCUAAUUCUCAUCAGCAUCAUGGCCCUCCUCAUCUCGCUUCUCUGUGGUAUCUGGUGUCUGUUAGCUGCGAAAAAUGUGAGACAAGAUGGGACAUUGAUUAUUCUGGACGAUGAUGAGCACGAUAGAUCAAAAGGUUCGAGAUCCACUGCCGGCUCAGAAUUCUCGGCGAUUGAUAUGGAGGAAGAUGAGAAGGGAGGAAACGGAGGAAUCAAAGAGUAUCUGAAGGGAAUUGGGCGGAGUCUCAUUUUUAUGAAGAAGUAG